UUGGUGAGGUGUGAACUCUCAGUACAGAGUACAUAGUAUUUCUCUUGGUGUGAGGUUGUCUAUAAGAAUUGUUGAUGGUUGGAGGCUCCGGUGUACCAGAGGUGACAGUUGGGUGCACCGGCAGUGACAGUUGGGUGUGCUGGUAAUCCCAGGGCAGUAAUCUGUAUUAUUCUAGUGCUGUGUGCGGAGGGCAGAUCCCGGCUGAGCGGUGUUUGCAGUUGCACUUUGUCCUACUUUUUAUCAUCCAACUUUCCAGCUGCAGACAGGAAGCGCGGACUCCGGGAGAGAAGGAAACCGACAGCCGUUCCCAGGUGGGAGAAGAAUCUGACACCUGAUAGGCUGACACAGGUUUUGGCAUUUAAGAAAUACAGAAGUGCAGAUCCAUGUCCUCCAGGAAAGGUACGGAACGUGCGCUGCACCUGCUCUGCACCUACCAGGCCAAGCUGUGCACCCCCGACCAGCAGAAGCUCCGCGCCUCCCUCCAGGGGGUGAUGGGAAUGUUCCGGAGUGACCUCUUCCAGGCUCUUUUAGAUAUCCGGGAAUGUUAUGAGGUCACUCUGAAUUCUGCAGCCAAGGAGACCGCCGAAUGCCCACCUCUGAAUUCUAUAGAAGAAGAAAAACAGGUAACAAUCCAUCAGACACUGAGAGAUCCAUCUGAAACAUUGUUACAGUGUAUGAGAGCGACCAAAGAUAUUAAAAAACUGGUAAUCGUGUGCGCUAAAAUUAACGUGUGCGUCAUUUUUAUUGAAAAUACCUCAUUUGAUAAACAUACAUUGGAGGAAGCGGAGUUGGGUGAUGACGUGACGAGGGAGCCGGCGGGGCCCCAGUGUGUCUGUGUGACCAUGAGGAUUACUGAAGAGAAGAAGGAGACGGUACAGACAUGGCUGAGCCCGACACACGCAACCCUUCCCAAGGCGGGUGCGGCCCCGAUGCUGGUGAACGCGGACUGCCUGGACCCGGGCUCAUCGGUGAAUGGGAGCGAUGCCUUAUACAAGUAUGAAGAGAUUGUACUAGAGAGGGGAAAUUCCGGCCUGGGAUUCAGCAUUGCCGGCGGGAUCGAUAAUCCGCAUGUUCCUGACGAUCCUGGAAUAUUCAUCACAAAGAUCAUUCCUGGAGGGGCGGCAGCCAUGGACGGGAGACUAAUGGUGACGGACUGCGUUCUGCGGGUGAACGAUGUGGAUGUGACGGAAGUGGUUCAUAGUAAAGCGGUGGAGGCUCUGAAGGAGGCCGGGCCAGUAGUGAGGCUGCUAGUCCGACGCAGACAAAGUCCCCCAGAGACCAUUGUGGAGGUCAAUCUACUAAAAGGUCCUAAAGGGUUGGGGUUCAGUAUUGCCGGAGGAAUCGGGAACCAACACAUUCCAGGAGACAACAGCAUCUACAUCACCAAGAUCAUUGAGGGGGGAGCAGCACAGAAGGACGGAAGACUGCAGAUCGGUGACCGGCUCCUGGCGGUAAAUAACAGCAACCUACAGGACGUCCGGCACGAGGAAGCCGUGGCCGCUCUGAAGAACACGUCCGAUAUGGUUUAUCUCAAAGUGGCCAAGCCGGGUCCAGUUCACCUCAAUGAGAUUUACGCUCCCCCUGACUAUGCCAGCACUUUCACUGUUGAUAACCAUAUAAGCCAUAACUCCACUCUGGGCGGGUACCUGAGCAGUGUGGAGAGCAAAUCCCCAUACCAGCCCCCUCAAGUCACGCCAUCGAGAUUUUCUCCUGUUCCUCGACACAUGCUGGGAGAAGAGGACUUCACCAGGGAACCGAGGAAGAUCAUUUUACACAAAGGAUCUACAGGACUUGGCUUUAACAUUGUCGGUGGGGAAGACGGAGAAGGAAUCUUUGUAUCUUUCAUUCUGGCUGGAGGACCUGCAGACCUAAGUGGAGAGUUACGCCGCGGAGACCGCAUUCUGUCCGUCAAUGGAGUAAAUCUACGCUGUGCAACACAUGAACAAGCUGCAGCAGCUCUGAAACGGGCUGGACAGACAGUGACUAUCGUAGCACAGUAUCGACCCGAAGAUCUCCCAGUAAAUAGAGAGUAUUGCAGGACGGUGUUAUGUGACCGCACGCAGGAUUCUGAAAACCAAACCCAAGACGGGGCAGUCAGGCCUUAUAAAGUAGAAGGUAUUUGUACGUCUAAAACCACCAGCCAUACACGGGGGGUUCGAAUUCCGGAAAAUCUUAAUUCCUUUUUUUUUCCUCCUCCAUCACUUUCUUCAUUUCUACAUUUGUGGCGUUGUGUCCCCCGUUGCCCAUUUCUCUGUGCCUUCCGCCAUCUACCGCAGUCCAUCAAAUCCAAGCGUAAAAAGAGUUUCCGGCUGUCCCGCAAGUUUCCGUUUUACAAGAGCCUUGGUACGGAGACCAACAACGCACAGGCCGUGACGUCAAAUACCAGUGACAGCGAAAGCAGCUCCAAGGGACAGGAAGACACUAUUCUAUCCUAUGAACCCGUCAUCCGACAAGAGAUUCAUUACGCCAGACCUGUCAUCAUUCUGGGCCCCCUGAAAGAUCGGGUAAACGAUGACCUCAUCUCCGAGUUCCCCCACAAAUUUGGAUCUUGUGUCCCACACACUACGCGGCCCCGGCGGGAGAACGAGAUGGACGGUCAGGACUAUCACUUUGUUUCUUCCCGGGAGCAGAUGGAGAAGGACAUCCAGGAUAACAAAUUCAUAGAAGCCGGGCAGUUCAAUGACAACCUGUACGGCACGAGCAUCCAAUCGGUGCGCAUGGUGGCUGAAAGGGGUAAACAUUGCAUUCUGGAUGUCUCUGGGAAUGCGAUCAAACGAUUGCAGCAAGCACAACUCUUCUCUAUCGCUAUUUUUAUCAAACCAAAAUCCGUAGACGCACUCAUGGAGAUGAACCGGAGGCAAACGUAUGAACAAGCACUCAAGAUGUUCGAUAAAGCCACCAAGCUGGAGCAGGAGUUCGGGGAAUUUUUCACAGCCAUCGUUCAGGGCGAGUCGUUGGAAGAAAUUUAUAACAAGAUCAAGCAGAUAAUCGAAGAUCAUUCUGGGCAUCACAUCUGGGUACCGUCCCCCGAAAAACUCUAAACCGAAAACCUUCUGGACAGCUAAAUCCUCUAUGACCCUCCACUUUACCCUCCGCCCAGAGAAACGGGACAGUCAAGGGGGGGGGGGGAGGGGGUUCGAUGUGUAUUUGUCAUAAAAAAAAAAAAAAGAAACACAGGAAGACUUGUCCCCCCUCGGAGACCCUCCCUCCCAUCCCCCCUCAAGACUCCACUUCUUUUCGGAACUUGCAACUUGUGUGUAGUUAUACCGGCCCUUUUUUUUCGGGGAAUAAUUGUGCGGUCAUCAAGGAAUCCCUGCCCCCCCCCACCUCCGUAUCAAGCGGGCGACAAGAAAACUGACAGAACUUUGAUAACAAAAUGCAAAAAAAAAAAACACAAAACGAAAAAAAAAAAAGGGAACGGCGCAGAUGUGGCCAAUGACUUCAGACCAACCUCCCCUUCAUCUAUAACUUUACCCCUCGCUGGAUUGGAAGAAGGCAUAUUUAUAUACAUAUAUAUAUAAUGUGUGUGCGUGCGUGUGCGUGUAUAUAUAAUUUAUAUAUGACUAUAUAUAUUAUAUAUAUUUUGGCUGUGACGGGAUAUUUGUCCCUGCUAUUCUAUUGUUUGUAACAAUUUUUUUUAAAUUUUAUUUUUAUUUUAUUUUUUUCUGUGACGGGCGGAGUUUUCCGGCUCCUCCCUGGUACUCAAUUGGCCUACCCCACCGUGGCUGCAAAACCGCUUGCUCUGGGUACGAGGUAACCGGUAUGCCGUGGGUCAGCACCGAAUACGCAGGAGAGCGCAGGACCGGGGGGCGUCUGACUGCCUCUAUAGCAGCAGGUCAAGCUGGGAAGUUUCUUCCAAUUUUUUUUUUUUUAACUUUAUUGAAAAUGGACACGAUGUGCAUAAGGCUUUACAAUUUUAACUGACUUUUUUUUUUGUAUACUAAACUUUAUCGAAAACUGACACAAUGUGCAUAAGGCUUUACUAUUUUAACUGACAAGGUAAGCUUUUUGUGUAAUAUUUUAUUUUUUAUUUAUAUUCCCCUGAAACUGACCCGGCCGACGGUCGUAGAAGAAACUCAAAUUCCUGCCCAGCUACGACGGUAGCUGGCGACUCCAUACAUGGGGCCUCUCUUUGGUGCGAUGCUGUGCUGCAGGACCCCCCCUCCCGUGUUAGCCUGCCUUUUUUUUUUUUUUUAUGGCGCUACAUUUGUUAUGGUUGGAGAGCUUUUUACAAUCUAGUCCCAUUCUGUAGAUUUUAUUUUAUUGGGAGGGAGUUCACCCCCCCCUUAGGGGUUGCACGUGUUCUUAAUGCUAAGAUGUAUGUGUGUGCAUGGGAAGGCUCCUCUGUCUGCUGGUCUGAAGGGCCAGAGGAGGCGUCUCCUGUUCCGAGGAAGCCAG